AUGCCUGACACAAGUGAGCUGGUUGUCGAAAUAUUCGCAAUAAUCGGAGCUCCAGCUCGGAUGAUGGGGCGUCUGCCCCUAAUCACCCGUUACGUAUGGAACGGGUUCUCCAGCCCAUGGCCCAAGACCCCUUACGCAGAAGCUCGCUAUGGAAAGGGAUACAAGUGGAGGCCGUGGCUGUUGUUCGAUAUCUCAGACUUCGAGGUAGUUGAGGCCUUAAUAAACACCGGAAGCGAUGAGAAGAUCCUAGCUUUCCGCCGGUCUCAACUCUCAGAAUUUCAGAUGAUCGCCUUGAUCGGUGCGCUUGUUACCCAAGCGGCUAUGACGGCGCUUCAAUUACCAUUUAUACAACAAGUCCAUUACUCAGCCCACACCUUGCUUAGUGCCACCGUCAUCAUAAGCCUCCUCGCAGUGUAUUUUACGUGCUUACAAUACCGCACUUACGGCUUCAUGGAAAGCCCUUCUGCCAUACGCCUAUGGCUCUCCAAUGGCAUCUGCUACACCAAUUCCGAAAAAGAUCGUGUCAUCCAAAGCUCCAUGCUGUCCCACCAGCUGCUUCAGGUACCCUUCGAGUUGCUAAGCAUCGCAAUCACGCUUUUCAUCGUCGGUUUCGGUGUGUGUCUCGGAUCUGCAAUGUCCGAAAACAUUGAUCUGGCCUCAGGGCCUACUAGAAUUGGCGAUCUGGCCGUGUUCAUCACAGUCAUGAUCGCUACUGUCUUUGCUCUGACUCUUUUCGGACAGCUGCUUGGAGGAAAAGAUAUUGAAGCUGGCAGGUGUAGAAAAUAUGGGGAUGUAUUUCCAAUGCGGCAUGAUACACGUGUUCAAGAUGAGGACAAGGGCACCAGUGGCUUGCCGACUUCGCCGGGUAUGUUCGCUCCCUAA